AUGGCGGCGGCGACGGUUAGCGAUGGCAGCGGCUGCAGGGGGAUUCUGGCGGCUGGACUCUUUCGCAAUCACGUGGCCGUCGUGACGGGCGGGGGCACGGGCAUCGGCAAGGCCAUCGCCGCUGAGCUGCUGCAUCUCGGUAGUAAUGUAGUUAUUGCCUCUCGUAAACUUGACAGAUUAAAAGCUGCAGCGGCAGAGUUAGCUGCUGAAAUUCCCUCCACUAGUUCUGCCCAGGUGACUCCUAUACAAUGCAACAUUCGCAAAGAAGAAGAGGUAGAGGCACUGGUGAAAUCAACAUUAGAUCUUCAUGGUAGGAUAGAUUUUUUGGUUAACAAUGGAGGAGGGCAGUUUAUUAGCCCAUUUGAACUAAUAAGUGCAAAAGGCUGGCAUGCUGUUAUUGAAACCAACUUGACUGGAACUUUCUAUUGCUGUAAAGCAGUGUACAAUGCUUGGAUGCGGGAUCAUGGGGGUGCCAUUGUCAAUAUUCUGGCUAAUAUAAAGAGAGGGAUUCCUAGCAUGUCGCACAGUGGAGCAGCAAGAGCUGCAGUUGAUAACCUGACCAAAAGUUUAGCCAUUGAGUGGGCAUGCAAAGGAGUGAGGAUUAACUCUGUUGCCCCGGGAACUAUAUUUUCAGAAACUGCUGUUGCAAACUACAAAGAUGGUGAAAUUUUGUUUACAGACAUUAUUAACAAGAUUCCUGCAAAGAGAUUAGGACUUCCUGAAGAGGUAUCAGCUUUGGUGUGUUUUCUGCUUUCUCCUGGUGCCUCCUUUAUAACUGGAGAAACUGUGAGUGUUGAUGGAGGACAAGGCCUAUACAGUUGCUUAUGGAACAUUCCAGAUCAUGACAGAUGGCCCCCAGCACCAAAUGGACAUAAUGCCAAGGCUUUCAGAAGCAUAAUUUCAGGAAAACCUAAAUCAAAAUUAUAAUUCAAAGACAUAUGAUUUGUCUACAUUUUAUUAGAAAAAUGCUAUUUUUCAGUAAUUAAUUGCAAUUUUUAAAAUCUAUGCCUUAGAA